AUGACAGAAUCAACGGCCGUAGACUAUAUAAUCGUUGGCGGGGGACUCAGCGGCUGCGCUCUAGCUUCACGCCUAAGACGUUCUCUGCCGAAUAGUUCCAUCCUUGUUCUUGAGGCCGGCCAGGACCCUGACCCGGAACACGAUGUCGUCUCAACCUUCGGAGGCUUUGCUCUCCAAGGUGGCGGGGAUAUCCGUUGGAGCUAUGCUGGCUUGCUGCCUUAUUUUAGGCGCACUGAAAGCUUCUACGACACCAGUGCUAGCGCCAAGAAGCACGGCUUUGACGGCCCGUUGAAAAUUACCCCGACCAAGGCAAGCCAUGCGGCCAGGAAGUGUCCUCUCCGCGACCCAGUAGAGAGGGCGUGGAAGGAAGUCGGUCUAAAGAGAAAUCUCGAUCCCUUUGCGAACCGCUUAGCUGGACUGGGCGACUUCUACGAAACCUGGGAGGAUGGAAAGAGGCGGCCUAGCCACCUCGCGUAUCCAUUAAAAGGGGUGGAUGUGAGGACAUCCACUACGGUCUCGCAGAUAUUAUUCGAAGGAGACGGGACACCAAAGGCGAUAGGUGUAAAGCUUGAAAAUGGACAGACGGUUAGAGUAAGGAAAGAAAUCAUCCUCUCCGCGGGUACGCUGCAGACACCACGCCUCUUACUUCGUUCAGGUAUCGGAGAACCCUCAGUCUUCUCUGAGAACAAUAUACCUUUGGUACAGGCCCUUCCUAGCGUCGGUCAACAAUAUUUUGACCAUUUUGCCUUGUUCCAAUGGUUCAAGAUCAAAGAUCCUUCUCGUGGACUUGUGCUAGGCCACCCUAACCUAUCUAACCCAGCCUUUGUAGCAGACAUGUCGGGUGACUUCAGCGCUAACGAAGGGCUUCCGCGCGAUAUCCUAGAGAAAGCCCUUGAUGAAGACGGUAUUGUAGGUGCGGAGCGCGAGGCCUUACUACAGCCGGGUCGGGUGUUCGUGGAAACGCUAAUCUUUUAUCACGCCCUCGCGCCCGGCUUUUCCUCCGACGGCAGCGUACUUUGCACUUCUACUAUGCUCACAUUACCCAGCAGUCGCGGUUGUGUGUCUCUAUCUAAAGAUAUCGACAGCCCCACCCCGCAUAUUGAGCCGAACUAUUUCACAACCGCCCUCGACCAUGCUUCUCUUAUUCACGGUGUGCGACGUCUACUUAAUGUCAUGCUUGGUACGGAAGAUUUAGAGGACUAUAUCGAGUCCGAGUUACCACCACCGGGUUUAAAUCCACUUACGCUAGAGUCCUCUGACAGCAAAAGUGAGGACAGAAUCAGGGCCGUCGGCGUCGCUCAUUUCCACGCUAUGGGUAGCUGUGCCAUGGGAAAGGUCGUGGACGGCGAUCUCAGGGUCAAGGGUGUUCAAAGCCUUAGGAUCUGCGACGCCAGUGUUUUCCCAAGCCCUGUGGGAGGAUAUCCCAUGGCGAGCCUGUACGGGGUUGUAAAACAAGCUGCUGAUAUCAUCGCUGCAGGCGCUUGA